AUGUUCCGCCACCUCAUGUCCGCCAAGGUGCGCUCCAACGCCGGCUGCUGGACCUGUCGGCUGCGGCGCAAGAAGUGCGACGAGAAACGCCCUGUUUGCGACGGCUGCAGCGCCCUCGAGAUCACCUGCCACAAUGACGAGGCCAAGCCCGACUGGAUGGACGGCGGCCCCAAGCAGAAGGCCAUGGCCGAGAAGAUCAAGGCCCAGGUCAAGAAGCAGGCGUCGCAGCGCCGCGAUCGCAAGUACAUGGAGAUGCUCGAGUCGGGCACCCGCGACGUCAACCUCGACGGGCCCGGAGAAAAUGGAACCGCCGAGCGCACAAGCGAAUACUCAAACGAACGGACCAGUCUGGGCCACGAGUAUCACGACACCGUCAUCUCCAACUCCGAUACCGACCCGCCGUCCAGCCAAGACCCUGGCUCUACGCCCGCCUCCAGCAACACAAGCGGUGCUUCCCCCCCCGAGGUUGCGUGGCAUAGCCAGUUCCUCGUGCGCCCCGAGGACACGACCAACCCUAUCGGUGUCAACACUGAGGUGCACUUCAUCAUGAUCUAUCUCGACUACGUCUUCCCUCACCUGUUCCCCUUCUACCGCCCCCCAAUGCUAGCCGGUGGUCGCGGCUGGGUCCUCGAUGUCCUGCAGAGCAACAAGUCCGUUUGGCACACGGCCAUCUCACUCGCCUCCUACUUCUUCAGCAUCGUCCUGGCCAACGGAAACAAGGAUCACGAGGAAUGCACCAACCGCAUGGUGCACCAGCUGCAGUCCCAGCUCGAGAUGGGCUUGCGCGAGCUUCAGCGGGAGAUGAGCGCCCUCAACACUGCUGGAAGUCUUGCAGGCCCGAAAGAAAAGCUGCAAGUCCUCCAGGCCAUUCUUCAAAUGCUCAUCUUCGAGGUGUCAACUAGCAACAAGGAGCACUGGCGGAUGCACCUAGACGCCGCCAUCGCCAUGUUUUUGCAAAUCAUCCCCUCCCCCGAGAUGUGGACCGAUAUUCUGCAGAGUCUCUACAGUCUUAACUGGCCUCCGCCUGAAAUGGGCAUCAGCCGGCCAUUCAGUACGAGCCAAGCCGCCCUGCGUUUCUUCACUGCAAAUAUUAUCUACGUUGAUGUUAUGGCCAGCAUCACCCUCGAGCAGGCCCCACGGCUGCAAAAGUACCAGGAUCCAGUUAUUCCCGGAUGCAAACUGGCAAAAGAACGAAUAAGUGUUCAAUCGGCUGGACCCCUUUUCAUGGAGGAGUUCACUGGACUCCAAAAUUGGGUGGUUCAGAUCAUUGGUGAUAUUGCCGCGUUGGAUGCUUGGAAGAAGGACCAGAAGCGAGCGGGCUCACUAUCCACAACGGAGCUGGUCCAGCGUGGAAAGAUCAUGGAGGAUGCUAUCAAGGCGGGCCUCGAGGCCAUGGAGAGCGAGUUCCGGAUGAGGGUGCCUGCUAACAACCCCGUCUAUGCCGUCCUUGGAAACAAUGUGCAUCCAUCACAACCCGGCAUUACGGACCAGUCCCCGCCAUUACUCAUAAAUAACGUCAUCUGGCUCCAAGCUGCAAUGACCUACCUUUAUGUCGUCAUCUCAGGAUGGCAGCCUUCAUGCCCCGAGAUCAGAAACUCUGUCUCUCAAAUGACGGCCCUCUUGACCGAGCUGCCCCAGGACACGGGUCUAAGGACCCUGGCCUGGCCGUUCUGCAUUGCUGGCUGCCUUUCCCCUCCAGAGGAUGAGUGCACGUACCGUGCCAUGGUCCGGCGGAUGGGAUCAGUGAGUGUGUUUGGAACGGUCAAGGCAGCAAUGGAGAUCAUGGAAGCAGUUUGGGCUCAAAGGAGUCAGAUUGACGAGAGUUGGGACGUGGCCAAGUGCAUGCGGAUUUUGGGACAUGGAGUUUUGCUGAUUUGA